AUGUCGUCCACGCGCACCUCGCCCCCGCCGCGGCCCUCGCGCGCCAACACCGCCAACCUCAACGACAUCUUCCCCACCCAGGGCAGCCUCGCCGCGCGCCGCCUCUCCACGCCCGUCGGCAUCACCAACCACGACAACGGCUUCUACGCCGAUCCCAACGAAUCCCUGCCCGCCAACGGCCAGCUCGACCUCGCCCCCGCGUCCGCGCAGUCCUCGCCGUACCACCACGCCCCCAGCCGCUCCCGCAGCGGCACGACCGUCAAGAACAAAAAGGGCGGCAUGCUCAGCUUCAUGUCCGACUUCCUCACCACCAACAAGCGCCUCGAGAUCUCCACGCCCUACGACCCCGUCCACCUCACGCACGUCGGCUUCAACUCCUCCACCGGCGAGUUCACGGGGCUGCCGAAGGAAUGGCAGCAGCUCCUGCAGGAGAGCGGCAUCUCGCGCACCGAGCAGGAGAAGAACCCCCAGGCCGUGAUGGAGAUCGUCAAGUUCUACCAGGAGGGCAUGGAAUCGCGGGGAGACGUGUGGGAGAAGAUGGCCCAUGGAUCGCCUUCGACAUCACAGAAAGCCGAUCCCCUGGAGGGCUUCCAAAAUCCCCGCACAGCACCCCCGCCUCCGAAGAAGCCCCAAGGCCAGCCUCCUGCUGUUUCACAGUCCGCCUCAGCUCCCGCGCCGUCCUCAUACCGCCCCGCCCCGCCCCCGCCCGCGCCGCUCACCCCGACCCUCGACCGGUCGACCUCCCAGCGCGCGCCAUCCACGCACUCCAAGAUUCGCGCCGCAGAGCAGCAGGGCUCCCUCGGCCGGUCGCACACGACCAAGGACCGCGCGAAGGGCCCCGGCGAGCCCGGCCAGCAGGCGCUGCACAAGCAGCCGUCGCGCGCCUCGCCGGGGUCGUCCCAGGUCGAUCUGCACGCGAGCAAGUCGGCUGGGAAGGAGCGCGAGCGCGGGUCGCCCUCGCAGGCGCCGCCCAGCGCGGCGGCGGCGCACUUGGCGAAGACCGCUGGCGCGGCGGGUGUGGCUACUCCGAGAAGGAGGGAGAAGAAGGAGAAGGAUAAAGAGAAGGAGGCGGAUAUUAUCAAGAGGCUGCAGGCUAUCUGUACGGAUGCGGACCCGACGAGGUUAUACAGGAAUCUGGUGAAGAUCGGUCAAGGUGCUUCGGGAGGCGUCUACACUGCCUACCAGGUCGGCACGAAUAUGUGCGUCGCGAUCAAGCAAAUGGACCUCGAGAAGCAGCCGAAGAAGGACCUCAUCAUCAACGAGAUCCUCGUCAUGCGCGCCUCGCGGCAUCCCAACAUUGUCAACUACAUCGACUCGUUCCUGCACAAGAACGACCUGUGGGUGGUCAUGGAGUACAUGGAGGGCGGGAGCCUGACGGACGUCGUCACCGCGAACUUGAUGACCGAGGGCCAGAUCGCCGCUGUCAGCAGGGAGACGUGUAAGGGUCUGGAGCACCUGCACCGGCAUGGUGUGAUCCAUCGGGACAUCAAGAGUGAUAACGUCCUGCUGAGUUUGAACGGUGACAUCAAGCUUACCGACUUUGGAUUCUGUGCGCAGAUCUCGGAAGGAGCGAAGCGGACUACUAUGGUCGGGACUCCGUAUUGGAUGGCACCUGAGGUAGUGACGAGGAAGGAGUACGGGCCUAAAGUCGAUAUCUGGAGCUUGGGUAUCAUGGCGAUAGAAAUGAUUGAGGGAGAGCCCCCUUAUCUCAACCAGAACCCGCUCAAGGCGCUGUACUUGAUCGCCACUAAUGGAACCCCUCAAAUCGCCAAUCCUGAGGCUCUGUCCCCCGUCUUCAAGGAUUACCUAUCGAAGACACUAGAAGUGGAUGCGGAGAAGCGACCAGAUGCUACACAAUUAUUACAGCAUCCUUUCUUCAAGCUCAGCGAGCCUUUGCGGACUCUCGCGCCUCUCAUCAAGGCAGCGCGGGAAAUCGCCAAGAACAAAUGAAUGCUCCCUCAGGGGACUGGUGCUCCUUGAAUUAUCCUUUCGUUCCUCUCUUUCCGCUGUUUCUGGAUGUUUUCAGUUCUCGUGAGGGAUAAAUACCAAACACACCACUGUAGUUCUCUUGCAUUAUAUCACCACUGUCAUCUCACAGACCCAAGACGUACCGGUCUUCUGGCUUAGCUGAUCACUCCUUUAGUGUUGUCAAUCUGUUCGGUCCUCUCAUAGGAACAUGUAUAUCCUCCAGUUGUGAUAUCUAUAUCUUCGCUCUUUGCGGCGUCUCACCAGGGACAAGUACAAAAGUGUGCAGUAGAG